CAUGGAUUAUUCACUCGCUCUGUUAUUUCUGGGCCUGGUGCUGAAAAAAUAAUGAGCAGGUUUGGGAGGAGAAGCCCCAGAGGUGGGGGGAGUGCAGGGGGAAAGGAUCAUACUGCUCGUGUUGUGCUCACAGCACAGUCAGUUCUAGCUCCCAAGGGUCCCCCUGCGCCCAUCCAGCUCCGUGCUGGUGUUCUGGCCACCCUGUGGCCAGUGCUCUUGUGGGGUCCACGCACACCCCACAGAGAGCUGAGGACCUGCACCCAACCUUCACUCCUGGCCAGGCUGCAUCCCUGGGUCAAAGUAGACCAGGAAGCAGCUGGGAUGGGCUUGAGGAGCAGCAGCGCAGCAACUCUGCUGAGCAAUGGGUGCGGAGAUGAAAGCCAGCUCUUCCUUUUUUCGUUUGCUGAAGGCUGCCCCAGAAAACACGACUUCCUCUUUAAGUAAUCAGUGAUCUGGAGAAAAAGCUGAAAUCUGUCUUUUGGUAUUUUUAUGGGGAUAUAAAGUUUUUCACAGGAAGCAGAAACUUGCUGUGAGAAGCAUUUACCCAUCAUGACUUGUUUUCCUUGGAAAAAGCAGGGAUUUGGAUCGGAAAGAGCCUGCAGCAUGCAGGGUUUGCUGCUUCCCGGCAUCUGCUCAGCCUGUGAGCUUCACCUCCUCUGGCAUCUGCUUCUAAAAUAUCUUGUAACAUCCUACCUUGGGCUCCUGCCAUCCCCAGCUGGGCCUGGCUUUAUUUAGAAAGAGAAGAAUGCUUUCUCCACGAAUCCCCCCUUUCAGAAAUGGGUUUUAAGGCACUUCAGUGAGCUCCCACUGCUGGGAUGAGAGCUGCCACAGUUGCUUCCAGCUGAAAGGCUGAAACUCCAGGGAUGCUUUCAGAGCCUGAAAGCACGGAUUUGGGAGGAAAUCCACGGCAGUGAGUGAUUUCAGCUGGGAAUGCAAGCUGCUGCUGCUCUUGACAGGGGACACCACAUGUGUACAAAGGAUAAAUAGGGGAUCUGGGCAUUUCCACAGGUGCUGAAGCAUUCCUGGGUAACCAAGCACCAAUAGCCACCAGGAGCGUAGCUGAUGGGCAGAACUCUUCCACCUCCCAGCUCUUUCUGGAAAGCUGCCUCCCUAGAUGAGACAUAACUCAGCCUGCAGUGGGGAGCUGCCCCUUCUCCAGACCCCAGGUGUCUUCCCCAGAAGGAUACUGCCAUGGGGACAUUUUCUAGGCUCAUUUCCACACAGAAACCACCCUCCAUCCUGCAUACUGAUCUGUGGUCAUCACCCCUUCAGAAACACGCCUAGCAGAAAACAAUGCAUUGCGGGGAUGUGUGACAAAGCAGCCUUGUCCCAAGCUCUCUGUGAAAUAAAGUGGAGAAGUUGCUGGUUCCCCAUGCACGUGGGGAUGCCAAGAGGUGGCCCCCACGGGCUCGCAGUGGGGCCAGAGCAGGUGUCCCAGCUCUAGGGCCAAAGCAAAGCAAGAGGUGCUUCCUAAAGCUACAUUUGGGAUGCAGCCCCGUGUCUGCCCUGUCGCAGGGGACACUGAUUUCCUGGGUCAGAAUCCCCACCGUCCUGGCUGUUCUUCUAUGCGGGGAGGAAGCGGCUGUUCUUCUGGCAAAGCCAGAGCACGGUGGCCUGAGGAGGGAGGAAGGGGCCCCUUGGGUGCUCUUCGGGAGCUCUCACCAUGUGCUGUGGCUCCGUUCCCAGUCUGAGCUCUCAUUUCCUAUCGGAAACGAUUGCACCCCCCUUCCUUUCAGCAGAGGAGCGAGCCUCCCAGCUCGUGAUUGUGGGUGGACUGCCAUCAGCGGGAACAGGCACAGGGAGUUUGGGAGGCAGAGAGACACAGAAAGGUAGCAAAUGAGGUUCCCUAGGACUGACAGGGUUUCGGCUGUGUGUCAUUUCACUCCCAUUUGUCCUGUAAGAACAGCACCAGCCAGACCAGCGGUCUCUUCCUCUGAUCACUGACACUCACUGCGGGCACUCAAGGCAGAUUCACUUAUUUUUGCAGCCUCUCUUCCUUCUGUUGGCAAAGCUGCCUCAUUGAGCAAGAGGGGCCUGACAGGACUUCCGCAAACAAACUUCCUCUGCGGAUCAAAGGGCAGCAGCACUGCAGCCCUUGUAGUCCACCUAAAUUUCCCAAGAGACCAGGAGCAGCAGCACAAGCCAGGCUAAGUGAGGCCUACCCCCGUCCCCGGGCCUCUGCAGGUAAUGGCAACCACGGUGACAGAAUCUGGCGGCGUGCGGAUCAUCACAGAGGUCAUCCCGGCCACAGACCCACGGGCAGCCCAGCUGGCCUCCGGCUCCAUCCAGCCCACCGUGUCUUCUUUCCAAGUCAGCGGCUUCAGGAAAGCACAGCCCAAAGUGCUGGGGACCAUUCACAUCGUCACUGGCAUCAUCCACUUGUGCUUUGGUGUCAUCCUAACCUGUGCAGAGAACAACAGCGUCCUCUCCCUUCCUGUGGCCAGCGGAGUCUUCUUUUGGCUUGGGGUUCUGCAGCUCCUGGUUUCAGGCUCUCUCCUGGUGGAAAGCGAGAAAAGAGAGAACAUCCUGCUGGUGAAAGUGUGUUGCGUGGCCAAUGCCGCCGUCAUCCUCAGCACGCUGGUGGCCAUGCUCAUACACACAGUGGCCAUCACCCACAGCAUCCCCGGCUGCAGCAGCAGCAGCAGCAUGCCGCUCCUGGUGAGGCAGGAAUGGUGCUUCAGCGCCGAGACCAAGGCCCUGAGUAACGGCUUCGACUCCAUCCUCGUCCUCUUCGGCCUGCUGGAGUUCUGCACAGCUGUGGCGGCCCUGGCCUUUGGCUGCACUGCCAUCAAGCAGUACAGUUACACACGCAUGGUGCUGUAGUGAAGCCCACAUCAUCCCUGCUGCUCCCCACAGCCGGACCGCGCCCAGCCCUAAGCAGGAGCCCCACGCACUCCUAAAAAAUCCUAAAAAACGAACCAAAAAAUCC